GCAUGCGCAGUGCUCGCUCUGCUUUCGUGUCCCUGCGCAUGCGUAUUUCGCGCACCAGCACCGCCUCCCUGCGCAUGCGCAGUCUCCGCCCCCACGUGCCGCUGCCGGCGGGGCCCCGGGACUGGGCCUGGGGCGACGCCGCGGGGCACAAUGGCUGUAGGCACGGGCACAUCCCUGGCACUGUCCUCACUGCUGUCACUGCUGCUCUUCGCCGGGAUGCAGAUGUACAGCCGGCAGUUGGCCUCCACCGAGUGGCUGACCAUCCAGGGCGGGCUGCUGGGCUCGGCGCUCUUCGUCUGCUCCCUCACCGCGUUCAACAACCUUGAGAACCUCGUCUUCGGCAAGGGCUUCCAGGCCAAGAUCUUCCCGGAGAUCCUCACCUGCCUCUUGCUGUCUCUGUUUGCCUCUGGCCUCAUUCACCGAGUCUGUGUGACCACCUGCCUCAUCUUCUCCAUGGUUGGCCUCUACUACAUCAACAAGAUCUCCUCCACCCUCUACCAGUCUGCAGCGCCAGUCGUUGCUCCCGCCAAGGCUGUCGGCAAAGGCAGGAAGAGGAAUUGAUGUCCCAGGGCAGCCCCCUCCCCAUCAGGUCGGACUGAGGCUCACUGCAACCCAAUAAAGCCAUUUCUUUGUA